AUGCCUCUUGUUCUCCCGUCAGAGUCGUUUCUGGAAGCCAACGACAAAACCAAUGUGCAUUAUAGAUGUUCACCUAACCAACUUCCGCCGUUUAUGAAAUGUCUUAGUGACAAGCAGAUAGGUUUUGUCAUGAAAAUUGGGUUUGAGAGCAUCUUGUCAAUGCAAGAUUUUAAGAUGGAUGAAGAUCUAACCCUAUGGCUGGUGGAUAAGUUCAAUUGUGACACCGAGAAGCUAGAAUUUGACGGAGGCAUAUCAAUUCCAGUGAGGCCCCUUGUGAAGUUUGUCCUUGGAAUUCCUUCAGGACCCAUCAAAGUUAUAGAGGGUCUCCAUGUCGACGAUGCUCUCUAUGAACACUACACUUGGGAUACGAGAGGGAAGAACGCGAAGGAAGUGGCGGAAGAAAUGUGCAGCAUAACUGAGGAGGAACCAUUCUGCAUAGCCUUUAUGAUGGCGAUACUUGCAAUUUAUCUAGCACCAAAUACAUCUGUGAAUGUCAGCAGGUCAUUUCUGGGAGCUGCUCAACAGGUUGGUAAUCUCAAACGGAUGGAUUGGUGCAAUUUGGUUGCUGAUUGCCUAUUCAAAGGAAUCAAGGACUACAAAAAAUCGGAUAGAUUGUAUGUCCAUGUGAAGGGCUGUGUGCACAUUCUGAGUGUCAUUUUUAUCGAUCUUGUGAAACACCCUACACUCAUAGUUCCAGAUGGCUUUCCACGCUUGAGUGUUGUCACUACGGAAAUGGGUUGCUUCACAUCCAAAUGGGUAGCUGCACAUCCCUUUGGUAGCUUCCUGCCGGUACGUUGUCUAGAAGAGUCUGUCUAUGCUCCGGUGCUUAAUAACAUGCCAAAUGGUAACACUGUUGAAGGAGUAAAAUGCUCUGAUUCUGAUUCAAAUACUGAUGCUCUGGCCGAUCAGUUUGCAAUCACCGACACCGAUCAGAAUAACAACAAGCAUCCCAUUUUAGCAGAGCUUGGCAAUGCCAGAACAACCCAUAAUACAUCAAUCUCGCCCAUUGUUGACAAUCUAGUGUUUGAUACACCAGCUCAAUCAUCAGUUGCAGCGCCCAGUUCCUUGACAGAACACAUAAUUUUUCCAACAAGUGGUGAGCAAUUGCAGUCUGCUGGUCCUUCUGAUGAACCGCAUUCAGCACAAAUUAUGGACAGUGUGCAGAUUCCUCCGGAUACCACCGUGGAAAGGCGCAGGGGUUUGCUGUUGAUGAUGGAGAAGGACGAUCGGAACGCCAAGAAGGCGCAGGUGGAGCUAUCCAGGAGUGGCCAAGUGAAGCAAGCCAGAGAAGUUACCAUAACGAUGGACAUGAGUUUGCUUAAUUGCAGCGUGUGCUCCCGCCCGAUCAAGCCGCCUGUCUUCGAGUGCAAUGCCGGGCACUUGGCUUGCUACAAAUGCCUCAUCGGGCUCCCCUAUAAAGUGUGCCAGACGUGUGAGCACGGCAGUGGAUUUGGCCACGUCCGGUCAUUGGACGCCCUCAUCUCUUCCUUGACAGUCAAGUGCCACCAUGAUGGCUGCGGGAGCUACGUCCCCUACUACGAGCUUGACGACCAUCAAAGUGUGUGCUCGCACAUGCCGUGCUUCUGCACGGAGCUUGGCUGUGGCUUCGUCGGUUCACCACAGGCGCUCCUCAGCCACUUGAUCGCCAUGCACGCAAUGCCAGUGCACAAGGUCCAUUAUGGCCAAGUUCACCAGCUCCGGCUGUCGGUGCCGCGGCCGCGGUGCCUGCUCCAUGGGCAAGGGGACGACAACGUGUUCCUCUUGGUCAUGGGCGUGCUCGGUGGCGUGUCUGUGGUGUGCAUCAGAGCUGAGGCAUCCUCAUGGCCGCAGUACGCUAUCAAGCUUCAGGCGAAUGGUCCGCCACCACCGAGCAGCGUAGAAGGCAGCAUUUUGUUGGCCAUGAAGCCAGUGACGAGCAGCACGAGGCCUGGGGAGGUGGCCGUGGAGGAGCUGCCGUCUUUCUUGAUGGUGCCGCCUACUUAUCUGGUUGGUUCCGGGGCAUCCAAGGAGGUGUCUCUUGACGUUUGCAUUGACAAGAUGUGAUCAUGAUCGUAACAUACUGAUUGUCCUAUGUUGACCUCUUAAGUCAGUUUGAACUGGACUAGUACUUUUUUGCCAAGGAAUGAUGGUUUUCAGUUGCAAUGCCAAUGGGCGUAUGCAGCAAUUUACUGUAGUAGUAUUUUGUUGCAGCUAGCUAGCACUCAAAAUACAUAUGUUGCUUGAUUUAUCAGGAUUUGGGGUAAGUUUGCCCAUUCUA